GCCAAUUUCGCGCCCAACUCAUGUACGCACAUGGCCUCGUCGAUAUCAGAGGUUUCAUUUGCAUCUUGGGCAUCAAAUACUACUAAAUGUUCGAACCCAGCAUUCAGAAAUGCUCUAAAUCGUACAUGGUCUAAUAAAUGUAUGCAAAAAGAUGUAUUAGCAGUCCUUGCAGCUGUUACAAAGACGAUAAAGGACAAUGGAGGAAAGGAAUCGCCCUCUGAAUAUUACGCUGUCCUGGUAUUUUUGAUGUGAUAAGUAACUAAUGUUGGACCAUAUUAGUUGACCCUUUUGAAUGAGUGCCCAGAAAAGGUCGCUGCUGCCUAUUUACUUAAAUUAAUUAUGUGCAAAGCUAUUCAAGAUUCUUUGUUACGAAAAACGUGUGCAGAAGCGGCUAAAACAUUGAUGGGAUUAUUGAAUUCUGGAAGUGACUCUACAAACUCUUCACUAACUAAAUCUGUUAUAACUUGCCUAGGUAGACUUCUGCGUGCUCAGUCUUACGACUCAUGGUCUACUGACUCUAUUCGACAUGUAUACCGCCAUGUAUUGCGUUUUGUUGACAGCGAAAAGCCCAGUAUUCGCAAGUCAAGCCACUUAGCAAUCAUAGACAUAUUGGGUUCUUUCAACAUGUUUAGUAUAACGGAGGAAAUUAACUUCCAUCCCGCAUGCCAUCAAACUCAAGAGCAUCUUUGUUCUGUUAUUCGCCAGGAGCUGAGGCAACUUAUAACUUCACUUCAUACAAAAGAUGUCCAUUGUACUCGCUUGCUGCACUGCUUACAUUUACUGACAUCAGUAAUUCCUCUCUUACCCUCCAAAGAUGUCAAGCUGACCUACGAAUGUAUUCUUGAAAUGGCGAAUUUUCCAAAUCCUUUGGUUGUAACCAAAAUGUUUCAUAGUUUCCAAACUUUGUUCGAUUCAAAGCCAUCAUUGAAAACUUUGCCGAUUGAUAUCGCUGCACGCCUUUUAACUGCACUCUACUCAUGUCGACCCAACGAUCCGAAUGUGUUUACAUUAUCUACUGUAGAUAGUAAUACUUCAUGCACUGGAGUGGACGCAGUAAUUUCAUGGGUUCAAGCUCUCAUCUCAGGAUGUGCAUAUUUAUCUGGUUUGUCAUUAUUGGCUACGGAAACCGAGGAUAUUGAAUUGAAACAGAAGAUUGGUAAUGUUGGAAGAUUUAGUAUACAACAAUUAGCUAAUGAACACCUGGAUCGUUUAGUUAAAACACUAAUGUCAUUACUGGCGACAACACCUCUUCCACAGUUAAGAGAAGCAAUUACUCAGAAAUUAAAUCAAGUUUUCAUAGAAAUUGUAGAUCCUCAACUAGCUUCGUGUCAACUUGCUGAACUACUACCGAACUUUAUUCCUGACAUUUUGUCUAGCUUUAUAAACGGUCUUCAGUAUAUACAUUAUGAAAUAUGGCAUCAUCUUUUGUGUAUUAUUGGACGAUUUAUAAUGAUUAUUUCCAAAGUGUCUGCUAGUUGUCUUACAGCAAAUUUAAGUGGAUUGAUGGAAUUGCUGAAAGUUGUAAUUCAUCUACGUGACUGUCUAGUUGAUGGACCGAAGAACUUGACCAAUCUUAUUCACAUUGAUCCAAAGAAUUUUUCUCUGAUAGGACUGGGUGAUCUAGGUGAGAAGAUUAUUGAUGGACUGGAUAGCGUUUGCUUGCUAACUGUCGAGUAUUUGGGUCCGGAAUUUAUUUCAUCCGAAAAUAUAUUUUCUUUGGAGACAGUUGUUGGAGAGUUGGAAGUUGGUAAAAUUGAUCUUCAAAGGUCUUGGUUUUUACCUUUACUGGCACGUGCAGUCCCACAGAAGUCAUGUUCUCUAUCCAUCUUUCGCCAGCAUAUUCUCCCAUUGGCUGACAGAGCUCUUUUAGUAGCUAGUUCGACAGCUGCUUUAAGUGAUAAAUCGAGACCUGCGAAUAAUGCAUUAAUAACUUCAGGAAUUAAAGUAGCUUGCCAACUUUGGUCUUCUUUGAAAAUGUUUGUACAUCGUAGUCCUUGUGAUUGGUCAGAAUUAUCAACUGGUGGACUGGGAUGUCGUUUAGUUAAAGAGCUGAAUACAGCUCCAGCACUGAGACCAGUUAUUCUGCAUGCAUUUCGCCGACUAGCCAAAUUAGCUGCUGAUGACGAUUCAGCCGUUACAGUUAUGCGUGGUGGAGCGAAAAUGGCACUACCGGCUAUUCUAUCCCUCUACGAAACACUAGACACAUCUACGCAACAUGCACUGAAGCAGAAAAUCCAAGCAACAUUGUCUUGUUAUCUACCGAUACUAUCUCCCAAGAUGAUCAGUUCACUGACAAAAACUGCCAUGCUCAAAUUCGAAAACACAAAGCAACCGGUCUAUCUAGAAAUAUUUCAAAUUUUAGCACCCUACAACUCUGUGGAUGACAUGAAACGGAUUAUUAAUCGAAUUAAUGAAUAUUUGAAUGUUGAACAACUAUCGAAACCACUGAGAAAGCGUGUAUUUCGUGUUUUUGAAAGUAUCUGUGCUGGUAGUACUGAUCAAACUGAUGAAUUCUUGAAUUCGCACUUGAAUGAUGUCAUCCAGAUGGUUUACAGUUUGACGAAAAAGCCAGUGAAUACAUUGCCGAUAACCAAGACUACUACUGUGGCAGAAGUAUUGGGAGCAACAACCACUAAAGACGAUAAUACUACUAUAUCUACUACUGAAUCAAUAGAGGAAAAAUUGACUACACUCUCGGUGUGUGAAAUGAAACUGGAUACACAGGAAAAUAAAACACAUCAACUUUUUAUACCUUGGAAACCUCUUCUUCGAUGUAUUCAUCAUUUAUUCAAACGUCUAGUCACUUGUGAACUAGAUGGUGCCACCAACGCGAACCUAAACAAUACUGUGCAUAGUGGUGAUUUGAUGGAGAACGACCGUUUAAGAGAAUUUGCGAAUAUGUUCCUACCUGAGAUACUAACAUGUAUGCAAGAAUUGAAUCGUACAGUACGGGAUUUAGCUGGACGUUUGUUAAUUGGUCUUGUAAAUGCUUUUGCCGGCCAACAACCAUUUGAUAAGAAUUCUAAGUUGUUAUCAUCUUCAUUAUAUGGAUCAAGGAGUAAUUUAACGCUUGAUAAUAGAAGUUCUCGUCCACCUAGUAUUAUGAAUAGUAUAAUGAAGGAUUCAGAGAGUGAAGACGAAGAUGUCGACAAUGAUGAUGUUCAUCGGGAUAAUAAAUCUGUGGUCUCUUUAGGCGGUCUAACGUAUUCUGAUGGUGAUGAGGAUGAAGACAUCAUGUCGACUAAGUCUAUGCCUCGUGGUAGUGAAAUAUCUGAGCGGAUAUGUCGAGCUUUAAAUCUAGUUCUGUCGCGUUUAUGGCCGUGUCUACCACCGCAUAAUCGUUGUGCCAGCAAUCCAGUCGAAUUAGCCCUACAACAAUCAUCAGCUCGUGCAAUCUGUCUACUAAUGAAGCAUAUGCGUUUUAGACAAGCGCUUAUCUUAAAUAUCAAUUCAGAGUCAGAUGUAAUUUGUCAGCUGGUUUCCACUCUGUUAUCUGAAGUGAAUUUAAUUGGUCGAAGCUUGGUAGAAUCACCGCACCGUGUAUUGAUUCGUUUAGGACUACAAUUGUCACGUUCGCUUAUCAUCUUUAUCAGAGAAGGCUCCAUCAGUUUGACUUCUGUGUUGGAAACUUUACAGUCUAUCCAUCCUUCAUGCAAACGGCCUUUGCGCUUUGUAGUUAAAUCAAUCUUAGAAAAGAUGAUGAAGAAGUUUGGACGUCAAGCUAUCCAAAACCUAUUGAAUGCUGAACAUCAAAAAAUUGUUCGUAAUUCAGCCAAACUGAUUGCUCGUCGUGAACGUAAAGCUAAAGUAUUGAACAAAGGAUCAACGUCAAAAUCAACAACAUUAUCAUCAGUUGGUUCUAUGCAUCAGCCGACAUCGGAUGAUAGUGAUUCAAACCAUAAUUCACAAAAAUCCAUACUCAAUGAUAUCAAAAGUGUACAAUCAUCAAGCCACAGUAAAUCAUUGUCAUCAGCUAUGCCGAAACGAGUUCAUGUAACUCGUAUGGAUGAACUCUUAGCCUCUUCCAGUGAUGAAGACAAUGAUUUUUUCAGAAGCAAAUCUCAAUCUGAUAGUUCUUCAGUACAUUCACGAGCAAAAUCUAUACGGAGUCAAACAAAAUCUCAAAACACUUUGUCAUCAAAGCAGCCAAUGUCUCUUGUAGAAGAAUUAGAAAAUAUCAAACGAACUGCUGGACUUUGUAGACGAUCACGUAGAAAUGUAAUUCAGAAUGGAUCUCUCGAAGAUGCGGGCAUGGAUAUCGAUGUUGAUAGUAGUGAAGACGAUGAACAGAUUAAUAAAGAAUUGAUUAAACAUCCUUUCCGAUCAAAACAUAAAGUCCGUUUCGCUGAUACCGUUAGUCGUGCAUCUACAACUCGUAGCCAGUUGUCUAGACGUUCACAGAUGCCUCUGUUUUCGUCAUCAUCACAUCAUCCAACGCCUAGUGAUUCCGAUUUAUGGCUAGUUGAGAAUCCAAAUGAUGCAGAGAUCUUAGAUCUAUCUGAUCCUAAGUCAUUGGCAAGACAUACAGCCUUUGCACCGGAUGAUACAACAGCGAAAGCAAUGGUCUCUGCUUUCAGGAAUUCUUUGACUCAACAGUCGAAAUCGGAAUCUUUGGAGUCAGGCAAACGCAGUCAACCAUUCCCAAUUCUUGAUGGUAAAAUUAUCAUUGGAGCAACUAAUGAAAUCCAGCAUGUUAAACGUGAUGGCCUAGAGUGGGCACUAGCAGAUGACGAUGACGCCAAUAACUCACGGUCUGCAGGUCCUCAUGUCAAUGAUAACAAAACUAAACCACUAAAGGGCAGAAGACACAAGAGUUUACAAAUACCUGGUUCUAUCUAUGCAUCUGUAAAGGCCAGAGGUGAUAUGAAACGAAGUGGAAUGCCUGAACCGUAUGCAUUUGUUCCACUCGGAGCUGGUAUAGGUAAAUCAGGCGAUUCAACAAGCCAAAAGAUAACACCACUUGAACGUAGACGUUUGCUAAGAGAAGUUGGUAUGGGUAGACAGAAACGAAAACGAUGUCAAGGAAAUAGUAAAGGUGCGAAGUUGACGAUGAAAAGUGACCGAAAGUUUAAGUUUUCAAAAUUGUCAAAAAUUUAACGACUUGUGGGCAAAAAAACAAACAGAUAAGCUUGGUGAUCGUUUUUGCUACCUGAGAUUAUAAUGUUUUGAGCUAAUAAAAUCCUUUUUAUUUGACUACUUAC